AGGCCGGCGCUCGGGCGUUCCAGAGGGUGGGGCAAGGGCUGGUGUCAGUCCGGGCGGACCUCGGCCACCGGCGUCCGGGUGGAGCAAGGCCCGCUGAGAUGGAGUUCCUGCUGGGGAAUCCGUUCAGCACCCCUGUAGGGCAGUGUCUCGAGAAGGCAACGGAUGGCUCCCUGCAGAGUGAGGACUGGACAUUGAAUAUGGAGAUCUGUGAUAUCAUCAAUGAGACAGAGGAAGGGCCAAAGGAUGCCAUUCGAGCUCUGAAGAAGCGGCUCAGUGGGAACCGGAACUACAGGGAAGUGAUGCUGGCCCUGACGGUGCUGGAGACAUGUGUGAAGAACUGUGGCCACCGCUUCCAUAUCCUCGUGGCCAACCGAGACUUCAUCGACAGCGUUCUGGUCAAAAUUAUCUCUCCCAAGAACAACCCUCCCACCAUUGUACAGGACAAAGUGCUUGCUCUAAUCCAGGCGUGGGCAGAUGCCUUUAGGAGCAGUCCUGACCUCACCGGUGUUGUGCACAUAUAUGAGGAGCUGAAGAGGAAGGGGGUUGAAUUUCCCAUGGCAGACUUGGAUGCUCUGUCUCCUAUCCAUACACCCCAGCGGAGUGUCCCAGAAGUGGAUCCAGCUGCCACCAUGCCCAGGUCCCAAUCACAGCGCAGGACAAGUGCUGGCUCCUAUCCCUCACCAUCUCCUGCUUCCUACUCCACUCCACAGGUCCCGGCUCUGAGUGUGACUGGCCCCAUCACAGCCAAUUCAGAACAGAUUGCCAGGCUUCGCAGUGAACUGGACAUUGUUCGAGGAAACACAAAAGUCAUGUCAGAGAUGUUAACAGAAAUGGUUCCAGGGCAGGAGGAUUCUUCUGAUCUGGAACUGCUGCAGGAGUUGAACAGGACCUGCCGGGCCAUGCAGCACCGCAUAGUGGAGCUCAUCUCCCGUGUGUCCAAUGAAGAAGUCACUGAGGAGCUGCUGCAUGUCAAUGACGACCUCAACAACGUCUUCCUCCGCUACGAGAGGUUUGAGAGGUACAGAUCCAGCCGAUCAGUUCAGAAUGCCAGCAACGGAGUACUGAAUGAAGUAACUGAAGACAACUUAAUAGACUUGGGCCCAGGCUCGCCUGCUGUGGUGAGCCCCAUGGUGGGAAGCACAGCACCCCCAUCUUCCCUUUCCUCCCAACUUGCAGGCUUGGACUUGGGGACAGAGAGCGUCAGUGGCACCCUCAGUUCACUCCAGCAGUGUAAUCCUCAUGAUGGCUUUGACAUGUUUGCCCAGACCAGAGGGAGCUCCUUGGCUGAGCAGCGUAAAACGGUCACCUACGAGGAUCCCCAGGCUGUCGGAGGACUCGCUUCUGCACUAGACAGUCGGAAACAGAGCUCAGAAGUGCAGAGAGGGAAAGGUGGGGACUCUGACCUGGAGCCCAUAGACAGCUGGCUCAUAACCCAAGGAAUGAUCCCAGUUGCGCAGCCCUCUGUCAUGGACGACAUUGAGGUGUGGCUCAGGACAGACCUGAAGGGUGAUGACCUGGAAGAGGGUGUCACGAGUGAAGAGUUCGAUAAGUUCCUAGAAGAAAGAGCCAAAGCUGCUGAAAUGGUUCCUGACCUGCCCUCGCCCCCCACAGAGGCCCCUGCACCAGCCUCAAACCCUUCUAGUCGGAAGAAGCCAGAGCGGUCUGAGGAUGCGCUCUUUGCCCUGUGAGCCAUUCUGUGGUUUGCCUCCCCAUGGCAGGUCACUGGUGGCUCCCCCAGUGGACAUCAGGCACUGUCCACUUCCCUGUCCCUCAGCCUGCACACCUGUAUCUCCAUGGAAAUGCCAGUUUUCUCCUAGACCCCCCUGGUCAGUACCUGCUUUGCUACCUUUUCUCUGGGUAGCAACAGCAGCACUGGCUAGAGGCCCGGCCAUCUCCCACUCUGAGGGCUCACUUGGCUUUGGGUCAAUCCAGGAAGAGCCAGUGGCCCAGUCCUGGGCAGGGAAGCCCCCUUGACACUUUCUGAGCAGAGCUCCUAAACUGACCCUUUCCUGAUCCCCUUCCUGCCUCAGCCUGGCCCCAGGGUUUCCUUCAGGUGAGCCACUCUGCUCCCCUGGGUUCAUCUCUUUGAUCAAGGGCUCUGGGCCACCACCUUUGGAUGAGCAGGAUUCACUUGUUUGUACUGACAGGCUUAGUCUCCCUCCAUGGAAUGUGUGGCACUGUGGCACUUAGUGUGCCUGCACUUUAGUGGGCUCUGUGGGCUGCUCCCAUGGGUCCUCAUCUCCCUAACCCUUUCUCUAUCACAGCUGCCAAGCCUGGGACAAAGUCUGGGAUCUGUGGCUCUUGGUAUGAGACCAGCCAAGGGCAUCUUGGAGGGUAGCACAUACCCUGUGGAUAGUAGAUAACACUACCCCAUGCAUACUAUCACAGUCAUACUCACACUGGCUCUGAUGUCUAGAGAAGGCUGUUUGCUAAAGCAAUUUGACUUACUGCAUCCCACACCUAGGUCUAGGCUUCAGAAGCUUCCUCACAGCUACCUCCAAGCCUAGCAGUAGACAGCUAUGUACCAUGCCUGGAGGUUCAAAUGACCAGGAGCUCCACUAGGCUGGAGCCAUACUCCAUUCCUCUCCCUUCCCUAGCAUGGGCCUCAGCCUCCAUGGGCUGUCCGUAUAUGACCCACCACCUACUUCACAAGUCCCCCAGCCACAAAUUUCAGUUUGAAGCCUGACAGGUUCUGAGCAAAUGAGAGAUGGUGAUGCCUACUCCUGUCCUAUGUCCUUGCUGGUUCAUCUCCUGACUCUGGGUAAGCAACUCAGUGUUACCUGCAUCCUAGUCAGACUGACAACCCCUUGUUUCUCAAGCUGCUGUUGACUAGUAAAAGGAAAAUGUUGCUUUAGCUCCUGUGCAGGUCACCAUGCCUUCCCUACUCACUGUGUGGUCAACCUUCCCACUGUUAAGAUGGUGCAACCAGCCCAGAGAAGGCUGGGCUUCACUUAUAAUGAAUCAGUGCCGAGCUCUGGGCUGCUCUAGGUAUGGCACUGCAGUUCUGACUCAGAACCCCACACCUAGUCCAGAUCCCACCUUCAAUAGCCUCAGAGAAGUAUGGCUGAGGACCAUCUGGCAGGAUUCAUGGGGGAUAUCAACUCUGGCUCUGCAGAAGACAUCGAGGAAGUCUCUCCCACAGUGAACCCUGGUGGCCUGCUUCCUGCCCAGCCCUCUUUUAGCACCUGCCAUACCUCUACCCUCCACUCAGGUCCCUUGGCCAGCCCAAGCUUCUCUGAGGCCAGCUUGGCUGUUAGGGCUCUGAAGAUCACACAGAGAAGGUUGGGUGGCCCAGUGUAUCUGGAAGCUUGGCCUUUGGCACAGUCUAGAAAGGUUGUCUUUGAGGGUCAGAGCCCACCUUUGCCAGCCUGCCAGAGCUGGGCCUAUCUGCAGUAGGCAGCCAAGUCAACAUCUCUGAAUUAAGGAGGCAGUCUCCCUGAGUGAUGUAGAAAGGAAAAUGGGCUUCCUACGGAGAGGCUGAGGGUUGCGGUUUACCUGGGGGUGGUCCCUAGCAAGGCCAUUUCUAGUACCAUUGUCUCAAGUUGUUCCCUGACCUCCUGACUGCAACUGCUGGGUAUGGCAUGGAGAGGCCUGGCUGCCCCUUGGGCAGCAGGCAGGAGGCCACCUUCCUGGCCUAGAGCAUCCUUGCUGUGGUUUAGUUCAUAUUCCUCACAUUCUGUCCAGAGGCAGCCUUGCCUUACCUGUGGGCUGAGGUAACAUGUGCCUAAGGUCUUUACUGGAAGCAAGAUUGGGCCCAGGGGUCCUGAAGGAGGUUGCACUCAGCCCUGUGGACUGUCCUGAGCUCCCGGGUUCCUGCCUGUUCCCCACCAUCUGUGGGCAAAGUCCUUAGGCCCCUGUUAGGGACAGGAAAGUUGGACCCUCUCAAGCCAGCAGCCUCUACAAGUGUUAGAAAUCACAGAUACAGUGUGUACUUAAUUACACUAAAUUAUUGCUGGGAUUCCUUAUAAGUACUAAUUAUACCUGAUUGUAGGUUAAAAUAUUUAUUUUGUCAAAAUAUUUUCUUGGGGAUGUGUUUAACCUUUUCUUGUUCAUUGUGUGCUGAAGUGUGAAGACUACUUCCUCCUGCCUCUGGCCAUUGGGCAUCAGUGAAGGAAAGGUACUAUGUGUAGUUUAAUCUUGGUGCAGUGGGCCUCCUGCAAGCCGGUCCUAGAGUGGCCCCUGCUCAGGUCCUAAGCAGGCAGGCUGGAGCUGGGUCAAGUGAACAGCUCCCUUAUCUGUUCAUGGGACACAGGGUUUUAGAGCCAAAAGGCCUUCUUGGUGACCUGGGCUAGAAGGAAAGGUAGUUAUCCAUUUGUUCUGUCUGUCAGCCCCUCAGUGUGAGUGACUGUGCCUUGGCUCGCUGCCCUUGUCCUCCCUACUGGGAGUCUGGCCUGUGCUGUCACCAACAGCAUUGCUCAGGUUGGAAAGUGGUGGCAGGGCCUUGAGUGGCCCAGUGGCAGUGGGUUUCUCUUCUCCUCCUCUAGGCUUCACUGUUAGCUGCCAGCAUUCUUCUGACAUGGUUCUAGAUACUCCAGGCAGGCUAUGGGCCUUUUUGAGACCAGGUCAGUCCCAUAUGGCUGGGGAGAGCAGCAUGAGAGAGCCCUUAUUCCCAGCCAACCUCAGUCCCUCAUACUGCCUGGUCAUCCCAUGGCCUCGCUAUGAUCUGCUGUUUGUUGGGGCUUUGUGUGCUCAGCCAUAUAGGGGAUCCACAGAGGAGUAUGUUUCCACCUGGAAGUACUCCCCAUGUGGCCCUGAGGUACCCAUCUCACCUACUACCCAUGUCUAGCCCUUCCUGUUCAUGGGGUUCCAAGCUAGGCUUCUCUUGUGUCCCUGAAACAGCUGUCAACCCUAUGUCCUGACUGCUUCUGCUAUACCCAGCCCCCAGGUUAUCUGGGAGAACAGGGGUAGUAAUUUUUCCUAAACUUUGCAUUUAAUUGUGAGGAUCCUCAGAUCCUUGGGGCUGCUGAAAAGAAGGUGUUGUGUUUGUUAUCCCCUUGUCCCACAAAUCAGGUUCUUGUCCCUGUCUGUUUUUGUGAGUAGAGCUGGUUUUAGAGGGUGGCUCCAAGUGACACAGUGUCCCCCCACUCUACUGGCUCUGCUUUCAGAUACUGUCUCUCUAGUUUGUGUUCCUGCAUGUAAAGUACUCCACAAUAAAUAGUUGAACCAAC